AUGGAUUCCCUACCACAUGUUGCAUUUAUUGGCCUGGGGGCCAUGGGCUUCGCCAUGUCCACCCACUUGGUGAAGACUGGCUUCCCAGUUACCGGAUAUGACAUUUACGGACCAACCCUAGACCGCUGGCAGUCAACGUGCGACGAGGUACCGAACUCGAGAGCAACGACUGCAAGCUCGCCAUCCGAAGCUGUGAAGAAUGCUUCAGUAACAUGCUUAAUGGUUGCAAACCAUCAUCACGUUCAUUCGGCGCUCUUCGAUGACAAGGUUGGGGCUGUCCACGCUCUGCCGAAAGGCUCUACGGUCAUAAUCCAUGCUACGAUUCCUCCUACUCAGCCGGCGGAGGUCCGCAAAAGGCUCACGCAAGAGUUCAAUCGGCCGGAUAUCAAGCUGAUUGAUGCUCCUGUCUCAGGGGGUGUAGCAAGGUCGAUAAAUGGUACUUUAACGAUAAUGACAUCUUCUGAUGACCCAGCCAAUCUAGAGCAGGCAGACGCAAAAAUAGUGCUUGAAAACGUGGCUAGCAAAGGGAAAACACUUUACGACAUACCUGGAGGACUUGGAGGAGGCGAGUCAGCAAAAGCCUUGAACCAGGUGAUGUGUGGCAUCCACAUCGCCUCAGCUUCUGAGAUCAUUGGAUUCGCGGCAGUUCUCGGGACUGAUACCCAGAAGUUCUUCGAUUAUCUCGUCACAAAGGAUUCAGCGGGAAAACCGGUGGUGGGAUGGAGCUGGAUGUUUGAAAACCGAGGCCCUCGAUUGCUAAGUGCAUCACCACCAAUGGCUUCAGCCACCUCGAUCAUCGACAAAGAUGUGGGAAUCAUACGCGAUGAGGAGGCCAGGUUGAACGUGGAAUUACCAUUGCUGAACAAGGCAAGCGAUGUGAUUAGCGCGGUGAUGAAAACCCACGCAAGCGCGGACGACAGCUGCAUUGCCCAAUAUUACCUAGGAUUCGGAUCAGACCGACAAGACCUGGUUGUCCAGAGAGCUGGAAACCCGACCGUAGCAGCUGCAGACCAAGAUAGGUUAAUUCGGGAUAUCGCCAAUGCCCACGCUGUCAUCCACUUGACAUCAGCGUACGAAACGACAGUUUUUGCCAAAGCCUUAGAUCUCUUGAGCGCUCAGCAGAAGAAGCAAUGGUUUAGCAUCAUUUCGGGUGCCGCAGGAGGAAGCACCAUCUUCUCCGAUGUCAUUCCACUUGCGUUCGCGGAUCCGGAGGGGAUGGAUCACGCUUUCAAGAAGUAUGCCCAAGACAAAUUCAGUGGUAUACUAGAUAAGACGGUUGAGCUCAUCGGCACAGCAAAGAAGAACGGAUACGAACCGAAAUUGUUAGAGGCUGCGACUGAGAAUUUGAAGAAGCUGCUUGGUCAAUAG